AUGCGCUUUUUGCAUGUCCUCUUCGGCUUGUUGGGGCUCAGGUGGGCCUGGACGUUCACGCGCUUCGGCCGACAUGGCGCAUGCCGAGGUGUGCCGCCUUUGCGGCGCGCGGUGUCCGAGGACAACCUACUGGGCUUGGAUCAGGCCACCGUGGAUUUGCACAAGAAAUACCACGAGGCGACCAUCACUUACACAGCCAUGAACAUCGACUGGGCGCAGCACAAGGGCUACGAGAACGACAACCGUCUGUCAGCUGAAGAGCAGGAGGCCGUAGCCCAGGCGGCGCGGGCGAGACUCUUCCGGUGGCCGGAGCUGCAGGAGAGGGACUUCCACGUUGUGGAGUUCGGCCCUGAGCGCCGCAGAUUCUGCCCGGCGGAUGCGCUGGGGGACCCUGGGCCCAAUGUCUUUGUCGUCAGCCAGAUGCGGCGCCCCUCGCGUUUGCGCCACGCGUUGCACGAGCUGUACCGGGAAGGCAUUCGUGCCAACAUAGUCGAUGCGGUAGAUGGUGAUGGCUUCCGUAGCCAGAGCGAGCUGAGCAGGAGCUACGUGUUGCCCUUGACCCGUGACCUCCGCCGACAUUGGCUCGACUAG